UAAUAUUGUAAUACAUGUGACACUCAUUUGAUUCAAUUGUGACCACAAUUUGGUCCACAAAUGGCUCUCAAAUGCAAUGUCUGUCAAAGUGAACGACCAGUUCUUAAACGACCGAAAAAUGGAUCAGCUCUUUGCAAGACUUGUUUCUUCUCAUGUUUUGAGACAGAAAUACACGAAACGAUAACAACGGGACAACUGUUCAAACGCGGCGACAAAGUGGCGAUCGGGGCGUCGGGAGGAAAGGACUCGACUGUCUUGGCGUACGUUAUGAAGCUAUUGAACGAUCGCUACGACUACGGACUGGAUUUAUAUUUGUUGUCCAUUGAUGAGGGCAUUACCGGCUAUCGGGACGACUCACUGGAGACCGUCAAACGCAAUCAACAUCAAUACGGAUUACCGCUUAAGAUAUUGUCAUACAAAGAUCUGUACGGUUGGACAAUGGACGCAGUGGUCAAAGAGACGGGUCUGAAGAAUAACUGUACGUUUUGCGGUGUUUUCAGACGGCAAGCCCUGGACAAGGGCGCAGUGGCCAUCGAUUGUAAUGUUAUCGCUACGGGACAUAAUGCUGACGACGUGGCAGAGACUAUACUGAUGAACAUAUUGAGAGGAGAUGUGGCGCGACUUAAACGAUCCACUAAUAUAGUGACCAAUUGUGGCGAUAAUGACGGCCAAAGUGAGGGAACUAUACCGCGUGUGAAACCAUUCAAGUAUUGCUAUGAAAAGGAGAUCGUAAUGUACGCCUACUUUAAUUCAUUGGACUAUUUCUCUACUGAAUGCAUAUACGCUCCCAAUUCGUAUCGCGGAUUUGCCAGAACUUUCCUCAAAGACUUGGAGUCUAUUCGGCCGUCGGUUAUACUCGAUAUCAUACAUUCGGGUGAAUUGAUGUCAUUGAAAGAGACAACGAUUGCCCGUUUGCCGGCACGUGGUGUUUGUUCCCGAUGUGGAUCCAUAUCAAGUCAGUCCGUAUGUAAGGCCUGUGUAAUGCUUGAGGGACUCAAUAGUGGAAUACCAAAGCUCGGCGUCGGAAAGAGUAGUAAAGUAGACGCCAUUCGUAAACCUAUUGACAGUUGUGUUGAUAAACGAUUAGAUUUCUAAUUAUUAUUGUAUUUGAAUUUUAUUUACAGAAAAUAAAUUAUAUAUUAAAUAUUUAUAAAUGUA